UUUAAAGAAAACACAAGAGAGAGAGAAAAAAAAAUUAUGUAUUCCAAAGUAGUUUUUAUUAAACGUACAAAUAAUUUUCAUUGCAUUCACCUUCAUCCAAUGACACCAAUUAAGAUUGCUUUAAUUUGUGCUAUAAUUGCUUUAACAUCAGCAAGACCAAGUCAUAUUGCACCAGUUGCAUUACAUACAGCACCAGCAGCAGUUGCUUUUCAUGCUGAACCAUUAGCAGUAGCAAUAGCACCACCAGUUGUUACAGCUACAAGUAGUCAAUAUCAAGUACGUAAUCAUAAUCAUGUUGUUGCUGCAGCACCAAUUGUAGCAGCAGCACCAAUAGCAGCAUCAUAUGCAGUAUCAAAUAGUUGGAAUUUACCAUAUACCGCAGCAGUAUGGUAGUUAUUUCAAAAAAAAAAAACAAAUUUUGUAAAUUUUAUUGUGAA